AUGAACGACGGACUCAACAAACUAACCUCCGUCGAGAGCGAGUACCUAGAGAAGAGCGGGAAAAAAAGAAGACAAAAAUUCUUAACUCCAAAUGAUGAUGUCUGUGUCCACCAGGAUGGGAAUUUUGAACGAAACUGCUUGUCCACUGUCCAAGAGGAAAUAAAACACAACAAGGAAUUUGCCCUCCCCGAUGCCCAUGUAAAUGAUAGGAGGUCGGUCCAAGGAGAAAAUCCCUCCUGCGUUGAGCCAAAUGAAAGCUGUUCCUUAGAUGCAAAAGUGGAGGAAGAAGAUUUUGAGACCCUUGAAGUGAUAAAGCAGCUCAGUUCCAUUCGUAUCGACUCAGACUCGGACAGCUCCGUCGGGGGAGAUAAGGUGGUUUGUAAUAAAAAGGAAAAUACACCAAAAAAGCGGAACAAAAAAAAAAGGGGGAAAAACACAAUUACACCCUUGUGGGAUAACUCGGAUGUGGAAUGUGUGGAGGAUGCCAUCGUGUACGAUGAGUCCAAGGACACCGAUUUCCCAGACCUACUGCAACUCUUCGAGGAAUACAACGAGAAGUAUUUUUUUAACAAAUUAAAGUCAGUGCAGGUGAAGUGGAGCAACAAAAUGAAGUUAUGCGCAGGGAUAUGCAUAUUUAAGAAAUCAGGCUACUGCUGCAUUCGGCUAUCCCUCCCCCUUCUGAAGCUGCGGAAGAUAAAGGAGUACCGGAGUAACCAAGCUGAAGAGAAGCGAGAGUUCAAAAAGCACAUGUACAGAAUUAACAAAGUGACGGGGCUGUGCAUUACGAUAUAUCACAGCUUUCACAAGGAGGUGAAUUUUUACAGGAACCAUGUCUGGCGGUGCACGGGUGUCUGCAGAACAUAUCCUCCCCACUUUGGGUACGUCAAAAGGUCUAUGAAUAGACCCCCCGGGCCCAAGGAAAAGUGGUGGAGAAGGCACUCCUCGUACUGCCGCGGCAAGUUCGUUAAAGUGGAAGACGCAGAAGCGGCUAAGAAUUCAGACACGGUACAUUUGAGCGCGGCGGGGAACAACCCGGGCAUACUUGGGAAGGCGAUGGACUCGACGCGCGCGAAGAAUAAGAAGACGAGCGCGAAAGACGGGUUCGAAAAAAGGGCAGACGCUGUAGAGACAGAACUGCUGAACGACGCCAUACUCAUUAUGGAUUCUAAGGAGCAAAAUGUGGAGAAGCAAAAAGAGGUGGACCAACUGGACAUCAUUAAUUUAAUAAAAACUCUGUUUAGUGACAACAAGCAGAAGGUAUGGUCCUUCCCGGAUCUCUCCGUUGACUAUCACAAGGCUUUCAAAAAUGAAAAUUACUUUGAAAUAGACUAA